AUGAAAUUUAUUCCAGUGAAAGAACGUGAAAAUUCGUGUAAUAUAACCGGGAGUACUCUUAUUCUGCCUGCUAUUUCAAUUGGAAAUGUUCCUCAACUCGCAGUUGAUCUUUUAAUUACUACUUUGAAUUUACAACGAAUUGGUUUCCUGGAGGAUGAAAAUGUUAUUCCAGUGGUCGGUGUUAACGAGCAUCUGUCAAGAGGCAUUACUGUCGCUAUUGAAGUAUAUCAAUCUGAUGAUAAUAAAUGGACAAUUAUUCAACAAAGAGCACCAGUAAUUAAGAAAAAGUGGAAUAUUUUUGCUGAAAAUUUAUUAGCUUUUAUAAAGCAAUUCCAAUUUUCGAAAGUAAUUUUAUUGUCGAGUGCAGAUGCUACUAGAAGAAUAGAUGUUCAACUUACAAGCUUACCACUUCGAAUCCUUACUACACCGUCAUUCCCAAAUGAUCUCUUUGAACGAGCAACAAAUCUUGGUUUAAAAACUUUGGAAAAAACUUCAAAUGAUGAUUAUGUUUUAAAACAAGACAAUGAUUUACCAAAAAUUCCUGGUGGUGGUAUAUCAAAGUUUCUAUUCCAUAAAAGUCAGCAAGAAAAUAUACCAUUGAUAAUGAUUAUUUUUUUUACGAUAGAAGGAGACAAUACACAGGAUGCCUUCUUACUUGCAAAUUACACAAACUCAUUAUUAAACUUGAUUCCUCAACAAGAAAUUCCCAUAACAAAACUUUGGAAAACACCGGCAAGUUGGAAUUAUUUGUUUGGUAAUCCUUAUCAACAAGAAUUAUAUCAAUAA